UAAAACCAGUUUAAAAAUCCGCCAAAUUAGAACUCAUUUUAAUCAUGACGCAAAAAUUAAAAAAUUACGUCAUUUAACCCAUUCCGAGCGUCUAAAAGGAUAAAUCAUAAAGAAACGUCAUUUCAUCGAAAAUCAAAAACUCCUGCUGCACAAUGACUGAUGGAAUUCAAUUUAAAAACAAUAGAAAUCGGGGAAAAAAUUUCGAUUCAAGUGAAAUUCAACUUUUAGCUGAUCUAGUGGAGAGAAAUGUUGACAUCAUUAAUAGCAAACUCACAAACAGCGUUACCAACGAGAAAAAGAAAAAAGUUUGGGACAACAUCACUGAGCAAAUUAAUGCCUUAGGGGUUUCCUGUCGCACAACUAAAGAAAUUAAAACCAAAUGGACGAAUAUGCACCAGACGGCAAAAAAGGAAUUUAGCAACAACAAACUUUCACAGAGGCGAACGGGAGGAGGACCCUGCGCCAAACCUUUGUCGACGGUUAGCGAAAAAAUUAUCGACAUCUAUAAAGAUUCUCCAACCUUUACUGGAUUGUCUGGAUUCGAGACUCAGGCAUCUGACGAAGGCAACAUAGAGAUACCGGUAUUGGGAUCACCACAAACUGUGUCAAUGCUUACGGAACUUCUCAUUCCGACAGCAAGCAAUAAACUCAACGAAGGAGAGUUAAAUGAGUGUUCUGAUCUACAUGUAGCACAGAAUCUGGUAACCGUGGCGGCGGAAGUGCAUGUAUCUGCGACAGAUGAGCCAACUACGACUGCGACGACAAACAUGGAGCCAAAUAUCUCCAAAACAGCGAGAACUCCAACUGAUCGUAGUCAACGUAGAAGAAUAAGGCCCGAAGAUGUUACAAGAAUGCAGUACGAAGUUUUGGUAGAACAGAAGAAGAAGAUACAGGAGCAAACUAUUUAUUAUCAAUUAAUGAACAAAAAAUUGCGGUUGGAAUUAGAUUUACCCAAUGAAGAUUAA